UUAUCUUAAACGGGCGUGUUCCUCCUGUCCUUCCUGAGUAUAAAUUACAGAGCACUUGGCAGUUUGGCGAGCUUUGCCUAACAGCAAGGGGAAGACAGACAUACACAGACACAAUGGUUGUGCACCAUCUUUGCAAUAUGGAUGAGCUCACCGCCAAGCUGAAGGAAGCUGGCGACAAGUUGGUUGUUAUUGAUUUCUACGCGACUUGGUGUGGGCCUUGUAACUAUAUCAAACCAAUAUAUGCUAAAUAUUCUGAAGAACAUACAGAUGUGAUUUUCUGUUCAGUCGAUUCAGAUGAAGCUGAGGAUAUAACUGUGGCUUACGACAUCAAGUCUUUGCCGACGUUCAUCUUUUUCAAGAAAGAAAAGGAGGUAGACAAGAUUACUGGAGCAGACAAAUCACAACUGGAGAGUAAAAUCAAGGAAUUGGAGUGAUGCAACGCCAGAGACACUUUGAUGCCUUUUGUAAAUUCUUCAGCACCUGUCCCUUCUGUAACAUGGAUAGGAGCAAAAUGAAAGAAAUUAAUGCACAUUGAUGUGUUCUAGGAUGUAAAAUAAUAAAAGUGGUGUUACAUGAUGGUC